CUCUGAAUCAUCCUCGGAAAGGAAUGUCAGAAUUUGAAAGCAAAAUUCUCAACCACAACUUCCAAAUAGAUUCUAAAAUCUAUUGGAACUGUGUGGAGAAGCACUUACAUACCUAUGGAGAUCUAUACACAUCCUAUCUAGCGUGAUACCAUGCUAAAGAGUCUAAUCUGAAACUGAUUGAGGAACUGUAUAAAGUUAAGUGAAAGAAGAUAGAAAAUGAAGGUGAAAUCUUUAUUAUUGACAAUAAAAAGAAGAAAGAGCUAAGUAUUAAGCUUAUGAAAAACCUAACAAAGAGGCAGGUCAAGGAGUUCCGACUCGUGCUCCCUCCUACUCAGAAAUAAUACACUUAAUUCAUUCAAGUACUUUGCUCGGAAUUUUAGCGAGAUUGCUGGAAAAGUUACAGAUAUGAUCCAAAUUAAGAGUUACAGAAUUUCACGGAAAUUUUUACCAAGAAUUUUGUCAAGUGCUAGCCAUAUCUCGAACCUGAUCUUCUAUGAAUGUAGUCUGGACACUUCAAACAUCAAGUUCCCUAAUGGUAUACAAUAUAGAAUAGAGACCUUGAACCUAACCAAGUGUGGGAUGAAGGAAUGCUCAGAUUGGAAAAAUAACCCAUCUGGUCUAGAUUCUAUCCUCAAAGCUGUUUCAAAAUGAAGCCUGAAGAAGUCUUUGAGAACUAUAUUGCUGCAUUUCUCAGGCUUAGAGAUAGAAGAAAUCCAGAAGAUGAUAGAAGCAAAUGAACUAAAAGGAAUCAUCAUCAAAGGCAGCAUUUCAUCCUUCUAUUCAACUUAUCAAUUUACUCUCCCAAAGUUUCAAUAAAUC